UUCCAGAUUAGAAACAGCUCUAUGUGUCUAACUAAACUUCAAAAUUAAAGAGUUAGGAUUUACCACAACAACACAAGUACACAAAUCAAGCCAUGAAUGCGCAAGCGUUAGUUUUCAAGCAAGAACAAGCCCACGAUGACAGCAUCUGGAGCUGUGCGUUCGGUCGCAACGAGCGAGAUCCGAGCAUGUCGGAAACAGUAGUCACCGGGUCUAUUGACGAUUAUGUCAAGGUCUGGAAAUGGCAGGAGGACAAGUUGGAGCUGCGGCACACGCUGGAGGGACAUCAGCUGGGGGUCGUGUCUGUGGACAUUAAUGCCGACGGGUCCCUGGCGGCGUCCAGCAGUCUGGACAGUCAUGUGCGGGUCUGGGACCUGGACAGUGGGAAGAUGGCCAAGAGUAUCGACGCUGGUCCAGCUCCUCCGACAAGACAGUCAAAAUCUGGAAUGCUGGGACCCGGCAGUGUAUCCACACGUUCUACGACCAUAUGGAUCAG